AUGGCUGCGCGGCGAGGUGGAAUCCGGCGGCGGAGCGAGCUGGGCGGCGGCGGCGCGCGGGAAGAAGCUGUAUCCCAGAAGUCAUACGGAGCAACGGAGGUGCCAUGCAUUGUGCCGCGUGACAGGCUUUGGCUUCUCCUCCUCUCUUCCAUCCCGUUGUCCUCUCCAAAUCUAGCAAUGGCAGAGCCGAUGCCAACCGAUUCCAGUACCGCGGUCACUCCUCCCCUCAGUCCGAGCCACGAUUACUCCAAGGAAUCACGCGGCAUCGUAGGCUCGGAUCACGGAGUGGCCAGCUCCACAGGGGACAUUCCUGCAGGCCGUCCUGAUGAUCCUGAUCUACAGUUGGGGAAUGCGCGCGUGGAGGCGGAGAAGACGCAGCCCUGCAGGAUUGUCCCUCUUUCAGGGAAGCCAUACUUCGCAUGUGUGCUAUGCAAGUCACAUGUUCAGGCCCCAUUUCAAAUGGUGGUUCCAAGGUCGUUGGCAUCGUUCCUCCCAUCGAAGUCGACGCCGGCGACCCUGACGUGGCAAGGCCGGUCCUGGGAGAUGCGGUUCACCGGCGGGCGGCUCAUCCAGCGGCUUGAUGCAGGAUGGAAGAGUUUCGCGCUGGACAACGCGCUGAGGCUCGGCGACGGGUGCGUGUUCGAGCUGGAGGCGGGGGACGGCGAGAGCGUCGUGUUCAGAGUUCAGGUGCUCCGGGCCGAGAUCCCGGCGGGGAUCCGGGAGAGGGCCGGCGGGUACACGGCGUCUAGCCCCCUCCUGCUAGACUAGCGGCGUAACCGUAGCGUAUGCAGCCUAUUGACAAUCUGCCAUGCCAUGUCCUGUUGGAAUUUGGUACUUGGACCUGAGCUCGUCCCGAGAACAAAGACACAGUGGAUUGGACU